AUGGGGGGCGGAGAUUUGAACUUGAAGAAGAGCUGGCAUCCCCAGACUAUGAAAAACAUCGAGCGGGUUUGGAAAGCCGAGCAGAAACAUGAAGCCGAAUGCAAAAAGAUCGAAGAACUUCAGAAGGAGCUCAAAGAUGAACGAGCUAGAGAAGAAAUGACAAGAUAUGCGGAAGAAUCGGGGGCUAUAAAAAAAAAAGAUGAUCGCUUGGACUGGAUGUACCAAGGCCCCGCAGGUCAGGUGUCCAGGGAUGAGUACCUGCUGGGACGUCCCAUUGACAAACAGAUCACUGACCAAUACGCCGAUGUGGAGAGCGGCCCGUCAGCGGAGACCGGACUCUUGCCCGGAUCCAUCUUCAACCCAAACGCAGCUGCGUCCGGAUUAGAUAUGGCUGCCAAGAUCAGAGAGGACCCUCUGUUUGAAAUCAGGAAAAGAGAAGAGGCGAAGAAGAGAGAAGUCCUGACUAAUCCAGUCAAGAUGAAGAAAAUCAAAGAAAUGCUUCGUCAGAAUUUGGACAAAGACAAGAAGAAGAAAAGAAAGAAGGAAAAGAAAGACAAGAAAGACAAGGACAGGAAGAAGGAGAAAAAACACAAGAGACGAAGCUCCAGUCAGAGCUCCAGCGAGGAAGACGACAGAAAACACAAAUCUGUUUCACACCAUGAAUAUUCAUCUGAUAAAAAAUCAAAUGGCCACCACGUUCCAGGUUACGGCCUACAGUUUCCAGCAGGGAGAAGUCAUCACAAUUCAAAUAAUCAUUCUUCCUCACGGCGAGAAAGAAGUCGCUCUCGAUCGCCAAGAAACCACAGAGACCAUUCCUCCUCCAACAAAAGUGACAAACGUGACAAGCCCCGAGCUCCCACUCCACCGAAAGACCGAUACCAAAGAAACAACCACCAUGUCUCCAAAAAGUUGUCCGCAGACGAGUUGGAACGCAAACGGAGAGAGAUGAUGGAACAGGCCAAAGAAAGGGAAGAGGACAGAGAAAAUAAUGUAAAAAGAUACAAGAAACAAGAUGAAAAGGAGAAACAGCGGGAGAAAAACGUCAAGCGGGAAGAACACGCUGGGUUCAUUCAUCAUAUGAAACUGGAGAGUGCAGCUUCCUCCUCGCUUGAAGACAGAGUAAAGAGGAACAUCCACUCGAUACAAAGGACUUCAGCCUCUCAGGACCAUUUCAUGAGGAGAUAA